UCGAAUAAUUUAUACUUAAGAAAUUGGCCAAACCAUACAGAAUGUCCAUGUAUAAAAGUGCAGGCCUUCUGACGCCGGUUGGUAUUGAUCAGUCGGCCGCAUAUAAUUUUAUCAGCGGUUACACCCUUCAUUGUACCAAUGUUUAGAUUAUUUUAAACUCGUGUUUUGUCGCCCAUCCGCUACGGAAUAUUUUUGGAGAAAUGUCAUUUUGUCGAACACCAAAACAGAUAGCAUGUUCAAUAGGUCGUAGACAUAAGACAAAGUGUGGUUUGUCAUCGAGAUAUCACAGUCAGACGGAGGUGAUAGUCGUAUCAGAGUGUAGAAGAAACACGAUGACGCACUUGCGAAAUUUGAAACUUUCUAGAGAACAAGUAUCAGAGGGUGAUCUCAUACUGUUAAGAGUUGGUUUAUUUGUAAAUGGUUCGAACAGUAUGACUGUUUGUCCAAAGCACAGAGAGGUUCUCGGCAUCUACUGGCGGCCAGUCCAUCGUUGUCAACAUCCUUUGCACAAAUCGCGCAAGCCCGGAAAAUGUGAUAGAGGAGUCGCUUUGCAAAUGUCUAGAGAGAUCAAUGAACAGUGGGAUGUUCUUGUUCAAAUUGGAUCAGACAAUGCAGAGAGGAGCAUAAAAAGCACAUAGAAAAGUCAUUUUGCCCCAAGGUGAGAGACC